CUUGCUUCUCCAUAUUGCUGCGGAGGCAUUAGAGGAGACGGGGGAGGGGGGACGCCAGGGUCGGGCUUCAAGGGUGGGGGGAGGAAGCCGGCGGCUUGAGCCCCCCCUUCGUCUCAGGGUGUGAAUCCACCUGAGCGGGGUGGGGGAUCGGGCCCCGCGAGGCGGCUUGCAAACGGGCGGGGGGGGGAUCAACAAAGUUUGGGGCGUGCGCGUUGUCUGGGAGAGCCUGGAGCACAGGCGACGAGGCGGCUCUGCGGGGGCACAGAUGGCUACUCAGGUGGAGGCUCUCCUGCCCGCGAAUUCUUUGCUGCCCUCCGAGGAACAUGGGCUGGUGAUUAAGAAGCCCCAGGAGAAAGGCGAGCACCUCAUGCACCCAGGGGAGAAGGCCAGCACCGACGAGGGCAAGAGGGGCGGCCCCGACAGCUGCAGCAAGGAAGGCGGCGGCAGCAGCGUGGGGGAGCAUCUCCGCCGGAACGGGGCUCUGAAGCCCCCUAGCAUCAAACAGCAGAAGGAGGACAGUAACAACCAGGAGAAGGAGAACCUGCUGCACCAGAGGAGCGCCGGCGGCGGCGUCGAAUCCAACCGGCUGCCCUGCGAGGCCGGCGGCAGCAGCAGCGGCGGCGAGGAGGGCGGCGUGGGGCGCAAGGAAUUCAUCGAGGCCCCCCCGCCCAAGGUGAACCCUUGGACUAAGAACGCCCCCGCGGCGUUGGUCACCCUCAACGGGCAGUCUCCUGCAGAGCAUUCAACCCCAGCAAAGGUGGUGAAAGCAGCGAACCCAAGACAACGGAAAGGAAGCAAAGUUGGUGACUUUGGGGAUGCCACAAACUGGCCAACACCAGGAGAAAUAGCUCACAAGAGUGUACAGCAGUUGGCACAUAAGCCCCAAUCCCUUCGAAAGCUGCCUGUUAGGAAGAACAUGAAGGAACAGGAGAAAGGGGAAGGAAGUGAUGGCAAAGAGAACAUGAAAACUAGGUCAGAUGAAUCUGGCGAAGAAAAGAAUGGAGACGACGACAACCAGAAAUCAGCACAGAAAAAGAAGGGCAACAGGCAUAAGUGGGUUCCACUACAAAUAGAUAUGAAGUCUGAGGUGCCAAGAGACAAAACUGCUUCUCGUAACAACAGACAGAAUGAGCAGCACCGGCACCCUGCUAACAACCGCAGUGAAUCAAAAGGUUGGCAUUUGGAUAAUAAGCAUGAACGGAAUUGGCCAGAUCAUGAUGAAACUUCCAGUGUCAAGAGUGAGGGGGCAGCUGUGCGUGGUGCCUUCAGGGGUAGAGGUCGUGGUCGUGGACGUGGGAGAGGAAGAGGAAGAGGAGGUACUCGCUCCCACUUUGAUUAUCAGUACGGUUACCGGAAAUUUGAUGGCUCUGAUGGCUCACGUGGUCAGAAAUACGCCAGUAACAUCACCUAUUACUUUGACAACAUCAGCAGCACUGAACUCUAUAGUGUUGACCAAGAGUUGCUCAAGGACUAUAUCAAACGGCAAAUAGAAUACUACUUCAGUGUGGACAACUUAGAACGAGACUUUUUCCUGAGGCGGAAGAUGGACACAGAAGGUUUCCUUCCUAUCACCCUCAUAGCCAGUUUCCAUCGAGUGCAGGCCUUGACUACAGAUGUUGGCCUUAUCAUAAAGGCACUGAAGGACAGCAAAGUGGUAGAGAUUGUGGAUCAGAAGAUCAGGAGAAAGGAAGAACCAGAAAAAUGGCCUUUACCUGGGCCUCCUAUGACAGACUAUGCACAAACUGACUUCUCCCAGCUCAUCAACUGCCCAGAGUUUGUGCCCAGACAGAGCUUCCAAAAGGAGACAGAAUCUGCACCUGGAUCUCCUCGCUCUGCCAGUCCUGUGCCAACCAAAGCAGAGGAAGUUAGUAAUCUGAAGACAAUGCCCAAAGGUCUUUCUGCCAGCCUGCCAGACUUGGACUCAGAGACAUGGAUUGAGGUGAAGAAGAGGCCAAGGCCUUCCCCGGCCAGACCCAAGAAACCAGAAGAAUCCAAGAUUCCUCAGAAGCAGAAGGACCAGGAUGAACCUGAAGAACUGGACUUCCUGUUUGAUGAGGAAAUGGAACAGAUGGAUGGCCGUAAAAACACCUUCACUGAUUGGUCAGAUGAGGAUUCAGACUACGAGAUUGAUGACAGGGAUGUGAACAAGAUUUUGAUUGUGACACAGACACCCCCUUAUCUGCGCCGGCAUCCAGGGGGAGAUAGAACAGGCAACCACACAUCCAGGGCCAAGAUGAGCUCAGAGUUGGCCAAGGUGAUCAAUGAUGGACUUUAUUACUAUGAACAGGACCUGUGGACAGAGCAGUUUGAGCCGGAAUACUCUCAGAUAAAGCAAGAAGUUGAAAAUUUCAAGAAGGUGAAUAUGAUAAGUCGAGAACAGUUUGAUACUUUGACUCCAGAGCCUCCUGUGGACCCAAAUCAGGAAGUCCCACCUGGACCACCCAGGUUCCAGCAAGUUCCUACAGAUGCUCUGGCCAACAAGCUCUUUGGUGUACCCGAGCCUUCAACCAUUGCCCGAUCUUUGCCAACAACUGUGCCAGAAUCCCCAAAUUACCGUAAUGCCAGGACCCCACGGACCCCUCGCACACCUCAGCUGAAAGACCCAACACAGACGCCCCGUUUUUACCCAGUGGUUAAAGAAGGCAGGUUGAUAGAUGCCAAGACACCCCGGAAGAGGAAGACGCGGCAUAGCUCAAAUCCUCCAAUGGAGUGCCAUGUUGGUUGGGUAAUGGAUUCCCGAGAGCACAGACCUCGAACUGCAUCCAUCAGUUCCAGCCCUUCAGAAGGCACCCCAGCAAUUGGCAGCUAUGGGUGCACUCCACAGUCAUUGCCCAAGUUCCAGCACCCCUCCCAUGAACUCCUUAAGGAGAAUGGCUUCACACAACAUGUCUACCACAAGUAUCGCCGGCGCUGCCUUAAUGAAAGGAAGCGACUGGGCAUUGGUCAGUCCCAGGAAAUGAACACGCUAUUCAGAUUCUGGUCAUUCUUUCUUCGUGAUCACUUUAACAAAAAAAUGUAUGAAGAGUUCAAACAGCUGGCCUUGGAAGAUGCAAAAGAAGGGUACAGGUAUGGACUGGAGUGCCUUUUUAGAUACUACAGCUAUGGACUGGAGAAAAAAUUCCGGCCUGACAUAUUUAAGGAUUUUCAAGAAGAAACUGUAAAAGAUUAUGAAGCUGGGCAACUUUAUGGGCUUGAAAAGUUUUGGGCCUUCUUAAAAUAUUCCAAAGCCAAAAACUUGGACAUUGACAGCAAACUGCAAGAGUACCUCAGCAAAUUCCGGCGCCUUGAAGACUUCAGAGUGGAUCCUCCUAUAGGAGAAGAAGGUGGCCACAAGAGAUAUCCAUCAGCAUUGGGAGCCGAUGGAAGGAAGCGAUAUCCAUCCCAGUCUUCCAGCAGAUCAGUCAGCCAGACCCCCUCCAAUCAAGUCCCUGCCUCAUCUAGCCAAGCCGCCACCUCGUCUAGCCAGCCUGUGCAGGAGGAUGCCAAAAACCUGAGCCAGCCACAUGCCGUUUCCACACCCACUGUGGAAACUCAAACAAUGGGGAAAUAGACACUGCUGAACUUCUGAUGGAAAGGAGGGCAGGGACAGAAAAGGAGUCAGAAUGUGGGUGUUCAAGACUAGGCUGCUUGUGGGAGGUGGGGACUACAAUGCACACGAUUUCUCUUGUUGACUGGAGAAACCAGAGGAAAGCAUCCUUUUCCCUCGCUGCGAUUAAGUCAUUGGUAGGAGCCAGAUCCCCCACAUUUUCACGUCUUAUCGCCUUUCAGGGGUAGGGUUGGGAAGCGGGAGAUUUUUUUAUAAAUAUAUAUAUAUUAUAUAUAUAUAUAUCAAGUUUUAAAUUAUUGAUAGAAGUUUGUUGGGAUUAACCAAAACAAUUCUGCAUCGUGCAGCCACAUGAUCCAGCUCCUCUUCAUCCCAUUGAACACUGAUCAACUAUGCAGCCCACUUGGACAGCUGGAGGGGCAGGAAGAACAAUGGAAGUUCCCCCUGGAACCCAGCCUUUUGGGACUUUCCCAGGCCAGCAGGCACCUCACAGUCCAGAGAUGACAAUGCACACGGAGUCCCUUUGUCGCCAUCACCAGUGUCCCUUCUGUUAUGGCUCCCUUCCAUGCUGCUUAGCCUUUCCAUCAUAGACCAGCUACUGGAAGUCAACCAAAGGACUUUGGCCCAACGCAGGCCCACCUCACCUUGGGCUUGCUCAGUUCCUUUCGUGUGAUGGGUAGAACAUAAACUCGCACAUCGUCUCCCUUCACAUAGGAAUUGUAAUCUCAUUGCGAGACUUCACUGAAAGAGCUUUCACUUAAAAACAAAAAAAAUCACAAACUUGUUUUUUUUAAAAAAAUCUUUUUUUUCUUCCUUCCUUGAAAAUAAGUUGCCUUAUUGUGGAGUUGGGAAGUUGGAGGCCCACCUGACUUCUCUGAGCAAGUUUGGAGCAUGGUAUCUGUUUUGGAUUCAGCCUGGGUGUGAUGGUCUCUGCUGUUUCCCAGUCUAGUGACUCAUGCCUGGAAUAGCUGGAGAUUUCCCCUCUGACCUGGCUGUGCUUGGCAUUGACUGUGGAACAGUACUUUUGACCUCUGGAUGAAUGUUGGUUCAAACUACGUGGACAGUUUCCUUCUGGAGCGGGAGGUAUUAGUGCACUUCAUUCUAAGACUUCGCUGUAGUUGUAGUUGAUGCCGAUUUAAAUGUGUCAGCUGUGAUGAUGCCCUUCCUGGUGCAACAAUUGCACAUGCUUAUUGCCUCACUCAGACUUCCAGGUGCACUGCCAUUUUCCUGCUUUUCUCACCAGGAGAGGCCAGGAACUAGCCUGUUUAACUCACGAACUCUCCCUAUCCCUGGGCAGGCAGGCAGAUGUGCCAGGAAUGGGUAUUUCUCACAAAGAGGAUCUGCAGGGGCAUGUGGUUAAAGAAUGUGUGUGCAGAGAAAUCAGCUUUAAAGCAAACAAGGUGGAUUUGUGUCUGUGUGUGGUGGCUUCCAAAUCCCAGGCAGCUUACUAAGUGUUAACUUUCCUGUGCAGGCUUCCCUUUCUGUAGCUGCUUUUUACAAAUGGCAUGCUAGCCUUCCUUCCUUCCCUGGGUUGACUUUGUAGCCAAGGAGUGCUCAGCUUCUUAGACUUUUCUCUAGCUACAGACACCUUGGCUGUCUUGCAUCCUGAGAUGAUCACUUCAUGUGUUGGAACUGUGUCCCUCAACUCAGUGUAAUAGGACUGGACUGAAAACACCUUGCUUGUUUUUUUCUUGGGUUAACAGUUGGAAUGAAGCCUGAAACUAUUCACAGUGUGCACAUAUGUAGUUAACAUCAUAACAAGCAGCUGGUAUAGGAGCCAUAGGUGUGAACAUCUGAAAAAAAUGGAAGCAUCUGCAUAGAGGCAACUGGUUUCUAGCAACCCACUUUGCUUCUCGCCCCCCACCCCCAUGUACUGUCCCGGUUUUGUCAGCCAGAGAAUUCCUUGGAAGGGAGAUCUGAAAUUACUUGGUCAUUGUGCCACCCCAGCUUGUCACUUGUCUUGAAAGGGAUACAACAAUGAAUGCAAAAGGGGGUACCAUAUCAUUUAUGUAGUCUUGCACACUAUGGCUUGGAUCCAGACCCUCCCCUGGAUUACAAGUAGCAGACCCUUCCUGGUGCAUGUCGGUAGUGUGUUGCCUAUUUCACGUAGCUGCAGCCCUUGUACUCCCAAAAAUAAGUGGGAGGGGUGUCCCUACAACCUUUGGGAGGUAUGUUGAAGCUGUUGCUAGAUGAGGGUGGGUACAGAACCCUUGUUUGGGUGAUCUGAAGCAGUCUCCAUGCUUUUUUGGAUCCAAGCCCAGUGUGUAAGGUGGGGUGGAGUGGGAAGAGAUGUCUUCAGGAUUCUAUAUUUUGGAAUUUAUGUUUUCAGGCAUGCUUGCAGCAUAUUGAAAGCUGCCAAGAGUGUGACCCUGAGGGCCAUGGCAGUACAGAGAACUCAUACACCCUUCAGUUAACCAUUUGGAGCAGAUAUGUGUGAAUGUAGGAAAUGGUUGAUUCAUCAUUCUUCCUAUGUGUGGGUCCCACAAAUGUAUGUAAUGGAGGAAGAUGGGCCUGUUUUGUCAAGCAAAUGUUCUAGCUGUGUCAGAGCAUGCUACUGAGUGGGAAGUUAUUGAGCUGCCUCUGUUGACUACACAAUAUAUGAUGUGCCCAAGUAGCAGCACACUUUGUAUUUGCUGCUUCAGUUGUGUAGCUGUUCUGCAUCAGAUCCUUAACCUGUAAUUUGUGUAGUAUUUAAAAGACAUGAGUGAUAAAAGAAAGCUUUCCACUGUUUCACCAAGUGUGGCGAGUACCUAUCCUGAGCUUGCACUGCAGUACAAAAAUCAGCUGUCUAGACUUCUGUUGCCUGCUUUUCAUUUAGCUUUGUGUGUUGAAAUCAUUUAAGCUCUUUGUUACGCUCAGGCAGGAGUUUUAGCAUGUAGUGACAGGGAAAUUAGCUGGAAUGGCAGUUUUAUAUCCUUCUAAAUAUGGAAAAAUACACUUAUAACAAGAUGCCAAGUGUUCAGGGUAAGUACAGUUGUGAGGUAACUGAUACUUUCUGCCAGGUCUUUAACUUUAAAAGUAAAUCGUUUUUAACUUCCUGUCAGUGAACAUUAGCCCUCAAGUGUUGCGCUUGCAAUGGCUUGUAGAGCAUAUGGGAAGAGAGGUGACUGACCUAUAUUCCCUGUAAGGCACAUUGGUUCCUAUCUGGCUGUCCCUGGGUAUGCAUUGAUGCCAGACCACAAAUUCUCUUGUCUGUAGUUGAGGAGACAAACUGAAGACAAGUCACCAUUGAGACAGCCUAUCCCAGUGGUGGCGAACCUAUGGAACUCCAGAUGUUCAUGGACUACAAUUCCCAUCAGCUGAUAGGAAUUAUAGUCCAUGAAUAUCUGGAGUGCCAUAGGUUCGCCGCCACUGGCCUAGCCCUUUUCUGCUGGUGCCAGUGUGUGUGUGUUGGCAAGAAGCCCUAGCAUGCUGUGCAUGGCUAUUGUUACCUACCACCUGUCUCUUCCAUCCCAUCUUCAGCAGAAAUUAUGGAUCUUGCCAUUAUCAAUUUGAGAAGAGACCUAAUGGUAAAGAAAUCUUUCUGUUGUAAUACCUUGUUUCAGUUUAUGCCUUAGUGUACAGUGUGGAUCAAGUUCAGUAGACAUUGAUCUCCCAUGCUCAGAUCCCUGUAGUGGUUAUAUCUUCUCAGAAGAGAGAUCUUCAGUUGUUUCGUAGGAAGCCACCUGCUACUGCCCUGUAUCUGAUGCUACUAGGAAAUCAGUUGGUUUUUCUAUUGUACAAAAAAAGGUGUCUAAAAAUCUUACACAUCCUGGAUAGCUGGUGCCCUUAUCUCUUACAGAUAGGUCUGAGGGUGGAGUCUGUUUAGGAUAGAUAGUGGAAGUAAGUGACCUUUAUUACUACUAAGUGUCGGUGCUCUGUCUAUUCUAUCCCCCUUGCCUUUCCUCCUCUCCCUACAUUUGCUUUAUCUGCAGUUGGGUUCCUCCAGAAUUCUAUAUUUUCUCAUGUUGCUUCUGACUGUACUGUUAAAACAUGACACAGUAACCUCAAUACUCUGCUAAAUAUCAGUUUUUAUAACUUGUUCAUGCCUUUUUUGAUUUUGUUUUGUUAAGCAAAAAACAAUCACUUAAUGCAACAAACUCUUCAGUGCUCUAUUGUCUCUCCAAGUGGAUCUUCCUCCUAAAACUCAGAUUUGUCAAUACAUUUUAAAAAUCAUCUAGGUUUUUAGAAGGGAGGGGGUAGCAAAAAGGUUUUGAUUUUUUUAAACAAAUAAUCUCAAUUGAGUGUUUUUCAGGGGGUGGCAUAUGGAAGUUCAUCUCAGCAACAUGGAUUUAGAUGAAGUGUUUUUUUAAAAAAAUUAUUCUAAAGUCAACAUUUUUGUUAGUUUACAUUUUCACUUUCUGAAGACACUUGAACAUAGGACCGAUGUAUCUGUGAUGAGGAUGCCCUAUGGUUGGAAGCAUGGAAAGGGCAUGGGCUUAAAGCCAUUCCGGAAAGGCUUUACAGACUUAAUUCUUCCAAGUCUGAUGGCCAUCUGUUGCCCUCCUUUGUUUACUUCCUCAAUUGGUAUUGUUCCUGCAUCUAUUCAUCCUCCUUCCCAGAAUAUAAAUUUUGGUACAAUUGUGGUCUUGGGCCACUCAUGUCCCUUGGGGGGUGGGUAGGAUAUCAGUGCUCUUGGCAUAAGGUUUUGUCCACAAAAGCCUUUCUGCUGUAUAGUAGCAGUUGUAUGGCUGUGGAUUAGGAAUGGCUGAAUCUUCCUCCUCCUCUUGUUACUGGCUUUGUCCUUGAAGUAGUGCACUACUGCGAUGGUUGGGAUCUCCAGUCUAUGAAACUGUGACUGGGAAAAAUGGUAAGGGUUGAGAUUUCAUUAGUGUGGUCUGUAUUAAGCUGCUAAAAACUAUGGAUAAGCAACCUGCAAAAUGAUGCAAUGAUUGUUUUGUUUAGAUGUCUGAAAAUUCAGUCACAGUGGAAAAGAACAUUGAGAUUGUUUGGUAUGCUUGUGCUCCCAGAGCAGGGUUUUUUUUCCCCAUAUGUGCUCCAGCCUCACCCCUUCUGCAUCAAAAACAGAAGUGGUUGCAAUCAAUUUCAGCUGUAUUUAUUCUUGAGGUAAAACCAACUGUUACCAUAUAUCAUCUGGGAGGAAAAGAUUUUGUUAACAUGUCUUGCCAUAUACAAUCCCAUGUAUGUAAUUCUUAACCCAUGUGCUAGGAUUGUCAUCACAUGGGGGGAGGGGGGAAAGAAAGAGGAAGAAAAUGUAAAAUACUUGAAUGAGAGCUUGUAUUAUAAACCGUAAUAUUAUUCAGAAUAUCUGCUUUCUAGGCUGAUGUGACUCAUUAUUCUAGUAGUGCUUUAGUCCUUUGUAAUUUGUGGUAAUUAUGCCUUUUCCUUUUUAAUACAAAAAUGUAUAAAAAUAAAAAACUCAAAAGAC